AUGUUGGAUGAUCGCAAGCAGAGAGAAGACAUGAUCGAGUCUCUUGUCAGAGAAUUCCACGUCGAUGUCAACGUUCUAGGCCGGGACGGAACGGCACUUCACAUCGCAAUCCAGUCCGAAGAGACAGACACAGUGGACCUUUUGCUUAACCUUGGCGCGGAUGUCCAUGUAAGAGAUCAUCUAGGACAGGAUGCUCUCGAGUACGCAAUCUCUCACAAUAAACUUUUCCCUCCGCGGCUUGCACAGCUAUCAAGACACACAAGCUUGGCGAUCGACGCUGAGAAAAGGCGGCUCGCCGCGCGUAUCAUCCAGUCACAGACACACUCGAUUAUUCGACAUCUCUGCGCUCUGGUCAGCGACAGCUCGAUCGACACGACGGUGGAGCAGAAACUAGACGUUGUUGAGCAUGCAUGGCGAUCUUGCAAUAUCGAAGAGGAGCUCACCAUGAUAUGGGCUCGCAAUCUAUCACUGGCGGCUUUGCAAUGGUACAUCGUCGAAGUUGAGGCCAAGGGGGUCGUCGAAGAUUACAUGGUUGCAGCAGAGGUGACAGUGGCGGUUGCAGGCCGUGACUUCUGCGCAUACAACAUGAUGUUGGUCCCGGACGUCCAGGAGCCGGCGUCCCGGGUCUGUGACUCCAUUGAAACAGAGCCUUCCGAAGCAGCCCAGAUUGUGGCAAGGUAUUUCAUGCCGACUCAUGUACACCUCCAUGAGAAGCUCGGGCGGGAGUUGAUGAAGAGGCUCUCUGAUGCUGCACUGCGCGCCCUCAGCUCCAUUAUCUGUUCUCCUGAUGCGCAGCUCUUUGUCAAGGGACGAGAAGCGCAGUACUUGGAGGAGGAUGACUUAUAUCAACACUUCGUCCACACUCAAGGCUGGGAGCUUGACAGGCCCCGCCUACCCUCCCCGUCUUCGCAGCGCACAGCAGAUGCAACAGUUGCAUGA